AUGAGAUCCAAAGGCAAAGAUUGCUCUGAACAUCCAUUCAAACAGAACGUUGCUGUGACUGAUGGAGCAUCAGGAGUCAAGCAUUGUAAUGAAUUAACUAGAGACACGGACGUUCUAUCUCCCUCUUCCUCAUCCCAACCGCCAUCAUCAAAUGGAAGCGAUUGGACUGCCGGUCAGGAUGGUGUUCUCUCUCCGAAAGCUGACGAAAUUCGACAAAAAUAUAGGAACUCGCUGCUGGAGAAAACACCGAAGAUCUUUAUCGAACGGCUGAAGAAAGAAGGUUCUCUCCAGCUGGAAAAUCUCACGGUUCUUGAAUGGCAGUUGGUCAAUUACAAUCCGUCUGUCUUCAGUGUGUUCGUGGAUAUACCUGAUGAUCCUGUUGCAAAAGUGAAAAUGUUACGCGAAGUAGAUCCUGAACAGCUGGAUAUUACGGGUAAAUCAGGAAAUCUGCGGCAUGCCUUUUGA